AUGGCUAUCCCAUCCUCCUUCGAGGAGGUGAAAUCACACCUUGCUCAAAUUCAGCAGAAUCCGAACGUGCCCCUCGAUACCCAACUAUUCGACCGGCUGAAGCUGCAGCUCGUUGAAGCUACCGACCCCAUCGUCCCCGCCACGCUCUUAUCGCAGAUCUCGGCCCUGCUGCCCGUCCUACAAGAAGAUCCCACCCCGGUCACUACUCUUGCAACUAAGGCCACCUCCUACUUUAGCUUUUCGGAUCUCCUCUCCAUCGAGCCGCCGAUCAAUCUCGUUGCCGGCUUCAAGGCUCCAUCGCCGCCGAUCAACCUUCUUGCUAUCUCGCUGCUGGCCAAGGCCGGACAGACAUCGAGUGAUGCUGCCAUAGUAGCGGGAGACUCGGGAUUGGUUGCUGCACUGGUGGAGUUGUGGCUUUCAACCUCCUCGACGGCCGUUGCGCAAGCGGCGCUUGACGCCUUAUGGGCCCUGCUCGAGGUCGACCUAGCGAGCCCUCUCGAGAAAGGAGAAUAUGACCAUGACGAAGAAACGCGCGCAGGACAAGGGCUGAUGUGGAGGAGGGUAUUUACCGACAAGGAUGUCUACGGACUCUUAUUUGGGCUGUGCAGCCUCAAGCAAGGCGCUCCAGGCGAUUUGUCCAAACGCGAGAGAACUAUCGCACAGGGCAGGCUAAUGGGACUUUUAGUCAAGGCUGGACGCGUCCGUUGGGAUAUCAUUUCGACAUCGCAGGUUUCUGAUGUCGAAACCCACUACCAAAGCAGCAAUAUCCUGCAUUUUGCUGCCUGUCAGAUGGUCAACUUGAGCGAUGUGUUGAUGCAUAUGACUCUGCUGAAUUUCUUCCGGGACCUACUCGAGAUCGAUGCCCCCGGUUUGGUUGCUCGAAGCUCUGUGCAGUCCACCUCGACUUUCUCGUCUCCUGCGCUCGAUUUUCUCAUUGCGCAAAAGCUGCACGCAAAGGUGUUGGAGUACUAUCUCGGCGAGUCGCAGCUGGAUGCGGUUGACCUCCACUAUCUCUCUGGGCCGGUUAUGGCCUAUGUGGCACAAUACGCCGAGUCCUAUCCAAAUCACUUUUUGCAAAACCCCAUCACCCUCCUUGAUGGAAUUCUCUCGCGCAUAAACAGAUCCCUUGCAAUUCCCUCCACACAAUGGGCUAAUGGUGAAGUGCCCACAGGGCACCUGGCCAUCCUGGCCUCACUUCCGCGCGUGCUGCUCGUAGAAGCGGGAAAACAUGGGGCAAACCCCAUAUUGACUCUACCUACCAAUCCUCCCAAUGGUGAAGCUUUCGAUGUUCUGGGCAAGAUCUUGCGAGGGCCCUCACGGACGGAGAUCUCCAAUUCGAUGGAUCUGAAUGCAGCCGGCCAAACCCCAACUGACUGGAACCAUGAAGCUGCCGCUGCACGAAUUCUCUACUUCCUCUACCUCAACGAGCAUCCCAGCUUCUGGACCGAUGUCGUGGCUGCCGCUGACAUCCUGGUAAUGAAGGAUGUUGCCCUCGCAGCAAUCAACUUAAUGAAGACCGUCACUAUCGCCAAUUGGGAGCCCUUGCCUCCAGCACCUCAAAGAUCUCCUGCCUCAUCGCGAUUCCAGCUACCUUCCGAAGCAAGCCUAGGCCAGCUGUCCCCGGCCGCAAGUGGCCUGCUCCCUGCCUCGGGGGCAUGGGCGGUGCUCACUCCGCCCGCCCUGACCACUGUUUUACCCUAUCUCUUCAAGCCGCCGCGGUCUUACGCAGACUUUGUGGGCGGUGGUGCAGGCGACUCUCAGAAUGCGGUCUGGAAAGUGGCAACAGCCAAGUACGAGGUUCUUGUUGCGCUGCACGACCGACUUCAAGAAUCUGGUACACAGAUAGACGGGACCGAGGAUAUCUUACGGACCUUGCGGCAGCGCGUGAAUGAGGGGCCCUGGGGACCGGCUCCGUCGAGUGCGGCCCAGGUGGAGACGGCUGGGCUGUGA